AUGGAUAUUGAACAUUAUGUAUCUAUAAACAAGAAAAUUUUACAAAUGGUUGGAUUUUAUCCAAAAAAUAAAGUGAGGAGUCUUUUCUGUAUAUUAUGCAUGUUUCCUAUUAUUAUACCACAAAUAAUACAAAUUUAUCAAGAUUGGAACGAUUUAAAUAUAGUUCUAGAAAUCAGUUCAGUAUUACUCAUGAUAUUACUUGGUAUGUCAAAAACACUAGUAUGCACUGUAAAUAGUUCUAAUGUGGAAAUUCUUAUUAAUUUUUUAUUAACGGAUUUUUGGCAAUCUGCAAUAAAUAAUUUAUUUUAUAGAAACCUAGAAAAAUAUGCAAUACAAGCUAAGAAUAUUACAAAAGGAUAUUUGUUUUUAAUACUUAAUGUCUUGGUAGUAUUUUUCACAUUACCAUUGAUUGAUGUAUUUAUUCUGAAAUAUAAAGGAAUGGUUGGAAAUAAUUCCAACUCUUUUCCUUUUAUGGCAUUAUAUCCUGAUUCCUUUUAUGAAUUCCCACUCUAUGAGGUAAUUUAUGUCUCUCAGAUGAUAGCAACUUCUAUUUGUGGUCUUCUUUUACUUGCGAUAGAUACUUUGAUAGCCACAGCUGUAAUUCACACAUGUGGUCAUUUUGUAACAUUGCAAAAAAGUCUAAACAAUAUAAAUAAAAGUUGUAACCUGGCGUAUCAACUUCGGUAUCAACGAAAGAGCUCGAAAAAAAUUAUAAAAAAUAUAAAAUAUCAAUUAAUGCGAAAUAUUAAGUAUCAUCAUAUAAUCCUUCGAUUUUGCGAAAUUAUGGAAAAAAAUUUUAGUCUAAUAUUAUUUUUGCAAACUAUAUCUAGUAGUCUGAUAAUCUGUCUAGUAGGCAUACAAGUCAGUAAUAGUGGUUUAACAGAUGGUACUAAAUCAAUGAAAUACUUUUCCUAUUUAAUGAUGGCACUAUCUCAAUUGUUAUUAUUUUGUUUUCCUGGUGAUCAACUGAUCUAUCAGAGUUCUAUGGUUAGCAAAACUAUAUAUUCCAUUGAGUGGUAUCAGACAUCUGUCCCAAUAAAGUCUGAAGUAUGUAUGAUGAUAUUACGGAGUCAAAAACCAAGUUACAUAACAGCUGGAAAAUUUUAUGUGAUGCAUUUAGAAAAUUUUAAUGCGGUAUAAAUUUUCAAAUGCCUUAUUCUCAUAUAUGAUCUUAAAAUAUUUCUUUAUACAUACAUUAUUCAGCUUUGA